UUAAUAAAUCCCCAAGUCAAAGCGAUUGCAAUCUUUUUACAAUAUGUGUUAAGUAUUUUUCCUUUUUUUAAUUGAAAAGAUAUCCCAAUCUAGAACCUUUUUCUGCUUAUCUAACAACACGCGUGAAAUUAUUUUUCAUCAGGCAUAAUCGUGACAGAUAUAGAACCAUCAUAUACUUACAGUGUACUGAAAGAUAUUUGGAAGAUUCCCACAAAAGCCGACCACAUUAAUUAUUUCGCAGCUUCAACAAUCCCGACUCUUCUUAAGACAAAAAUUUAUUGUCUGACGCCACACAUCGCUUAAGAAAAUAAACGUCCCAAACUGUCCAAAAUUACCAAAAAUAGUAAAAGUUUCACCAAAAAUACGCAAAUGGAAUUGAAUUUGGGAAAAGUUUAUCUCUGAAAGGCUCGAUCAUUGUUUGUUGUUUUCUUUAUCGCAACUCAUUGUUGACUAAGCUGCCCAUUUGAAGAAAAAUAAUAUCACUUCAAAAGCAACAACGGUGUCGAUGAAGAAAGCGAUAAACGUGGCCUACGGGAUGUUCCCGCGGGCAGCCGCGACAGAGGAGGAGAGGACUGGAUUCGUGGACAAAGAACACUGCCACGAUGCAGACACUGACGACUUCAGUAGCACAAUGCCGCACUCUGAUUGGUCCAAAAACGGAAGCAUGGGUGGGGCUGGCGGAGGACUAGGCAAAGAUGGUGGUGGCAUGGUACGGGGAGAGGGUGAGGGAGACUUUGACUCCCCGGAGCAGGAGUGUCACGGGGAAUUAGCAGAGAGUGAGAAGAAGAAGAUCACAGAGUGGCAGGCAGGCUGGAAUGUCACAAACGCCAUACAGGGCAUGUUCAUCGUGACCUUCCCCUACUCGGUCUAUCAGGGGGGCUACUGGUCCCUGUUCGCAAUGGUAUUCUUCGCAUACAUCACAUACUACACAGGAAAAAUUCUGGUCUAUUGUCUGUACGAUGAAGACGAACGAGGCCAGCCUAUCCGGGUGAGGACCAGCUACAUCCAAAUAGCAGAAGACGUGUGGGGUAAAGCAUACGGAGGGAAGAUAGUCCAGGCUGCUCAACUGAUAGAACUAAUCAUGACAUGUGUACUGUAUGUACUGUUGUGUGGGGAUUUACUCCAGGAGGCGUUUCCACAGGUUGCACUGGAUCUUACAUCUUGGAUCAUGCUGUCAUCAAUAUUCUUACUGCCGUGUGCAUUCCUGCAGAACUACAGGGCAGUGGCUAGGCUGAGCUUCUACAACACAGUCUCCCAUGCUUGUAUUAAUAUCAUCAUCAUAGGCUACUGUCUCACUCACAUUGGACAGUGGCACUGGCAGGAGGUGGAGAUUGGAAUCGAUCUCAGACAGGUGCCAGUAGCUCUUGGAAUCAUAGUCUUCAGUUAUACUAGCCAGAUAUUCCUUCCAGCUCUCGAGGGAUCCAUGCAAAAGCGACAUCGAUUCGAAUGCAUGUUAUUCUGGACCCACGCGCUAGCUGCUCUUUUCAAGUGCAUGUUCGCGUGGAUUGGGUUCCUAACAUUCGGCAAUAACACCCGAGAAGUUAUAACCAACAACCUUCCCGAUAAUUGGUUUAGAUUUAUGACUAAUAUUUUCCUGUUCCUAAAAGCUCUUUUAUCGUACCCAUUACCGUAUUUUGCAGCUUGCGACAUAGUUCAAAAUCGGUUCUUCGAAACCCGAAAAGAAGCUGAAGAUAAUAAGUUCACCCAAGUUUUAGGGGGGACUUGUUACGCCAAAGACGGGCUAUUCAAAGAUUGGGCACUUUUGAUUCGCCUAUUAGUUGUCGUGUUCACGAUGCUCCUGGGAGCGGGGAUUCCCCACUUCGCAAUUCUAAUGGGUCUAGUUGGAAACUUCACUGGAACUAUGUUAUCUUUUGUAUGGCCCUGUGUUUUCCAUCUGAAAUUGAAAGGCCAUACUCUAUCUCCGGCCACUAAAGUUUGGGAAUACACCAUAAUUGGAAUCGGAAUAGUUUGUGGUGGAAUUGGGAUUAUUACCUCUGGAAUUCAACUAGUAGAAGCUCUACAAAAUGACUAAUUUUGUAAAUUACGGCUCAAAUGAAUAGUACCAUCUAAAUUUAAAUGCAAAAUCUGUAGAAAUAUUUUAUUGGUUAAUAUUCAUGAAUUUUGCAAUGAAGCUAAAUUGUGCAAUUAGAAAUGCAAAGUCUAUGGCCGAUGAUUACACAAUGUACUUUGAUAUUGUAUAUUUCUUUUUAUUCACUGAAUUUCAUUAUUUAA